GCAUUUAGGUGCUUUCGGAGCUCCUGGAAGUGGGUUGUUAUCUCUCCUGUAGCGAUGGCGGCCAUGUCGUUCCCGGAUUAGACUUGGAAGCCUUAGGGGAGACACGUUCCCUUUUGUGGUCUUAUCCCAUCCCUCAUCCUAACAGUACCGGAGGCCAGAGAUUGAAAUUCUCCAGAGGCAGUCUCUCGCCCGGCCCCGCCCGGCCCCGCCCGGCCCCGCCCUGGCCCAGGUACCUCUCGGGACCUCGUUCUCCGGCUCUUCCCGGGAACAUCCCGAAACGGCUCUAAGUGGUCAAUAGCUAAUUAGGAGGUGGUUCCUCCAAACUCCCAAGCCCUCCCCAACUAGAGGGAACGGAGGUGGCUGCGGCGGCAAGAAGAGGAUUCUUGGCUCACUUUCCCAUGAACCAGACGCGCCUUCAGCCUAAGGAAAAUGCAAAGAGCCGGAAAUCGAUCCGGAGACCCGGACCUCCCCCCCAUCCACGCCCCUUAUAUGGAAAUGAAUAGAGUAUGAAAAAGAAAUGCUCGCAGGAGCAAUCAAUGUGUGUAAAUUGACUCCGGAAUAGAAGUAGAGCUAGGAACGAAAGGGUGUCGAGGCUAGUCGGCUUUAAGAAUAUUCUGUCACGUGAGCCCUCAGAAGUGGGAGGAGUGAGUCUCUCCACUUCACAAAGCAGAAACCCCGGCGGACAGAUUAAGUGACGUGGCCAGGAGGGGGCCUGUUCUAAGGCCGGGCUUCAAGAGUGCCCUCCUCUUUUUUCAAUCUCGCUUCAUUCCUGCAGGCGGGCGAGAAGCAGCGAAUUAAGCGCCCUGCAGACAUUAGGGUGCAAGAGAAAUGCCGGCUGCUAUUAUUCAGGCUGCCACUUUUCCUCUGCACCCUCUAGGUAGUGAGUUCCUCGUCGGGGAAAAAGUCCAAGCCAGGCUGAACGAGCCUUGCUGCGCUUUAGUCUUUCUAGCCCCUGAGAAGUGCUCAAGAGCUUGCUUCUGAAUGGAUAUCUGCGGAUGGGCCCGGGACUGGGCGGGAACUAGGCUGCUCUGAGCUGACGUGCGGGUGGCCGGACGGAAAGUCUCCGCCGUGGCUGAGAGAACUAGCGGGCAGGCCCAGAGGCUGGAGGCGGGCCUUUGAGAGAUUGACGCAGGACUAGCGAGCUCUAGGGGGUGGAGCCGGGUGAGGGGGCGGGGCCUCUCCUAGACGAACGCUGCCUAAGACUUCUGGGGACCGAGCUUCUACGACUCCGACGCAGUCUGGCGGUCUCUAGGGGGUGGGGCAUCGAUGUGACUGACGCGGUCUAACUCCUUGAGAGGCGGGGCCUAGACUGGAGGCGGGACCUCCCCAUGACGGACUCAGCCUAACCGUCUCUAGAUUGGGCGCAGCCGGGUUUGGGGGCGGAUCUUCGGCAGUACGGGGCGUAGCUCAGGCUCCCUGGGCUCCCUGCGGCGGGUCGAAGCAAGCCGGCUGGGAUGGCUGCGGCGGCUGCGGCGGCUGCGGCGGCCGGGGGUGGGGGUGCAGCAGGUCCCGGAGCUGGGGCCGGGGGAGGCCCCGGGGUGGGCGGGCAGGCCCCGGGACUAGAGGCUGCGCUCCAGAAGCUAGCGCUGCGUCGGAAGAAGGUGCUGAACGCCGAGGAAACGGAGCUGUACGAGCUCGCCCUGGCGGCCGGCGGAGCCAUCGACCCUGACGUUUUCAAGAUCCUGGUGGACUUGCUGAAGCUGAACGUGGCCCCGCUGGCCGUCUUCCAGAUGCUCAAGUCCAUGUGUGCGGGGCAGCGGCUGGCCCUGGACCCUCCCGGGCUCGAGAGCGUGCCGGCCGCUCUGCCCCCGUCCGCCUUGCCUGACGCCAGAGAGGACUCCCUUGUGUGUGCCAAGAACAGCGCGGCGGCCUCCUUUCUCUCGUCCCUCCGGCCUCCGCGCCCAGCCGCCGCUGCCGCCACCCAGACGGCCGCCGUUUGCUCGCCUCUCUGUCACAGGGCCCCAGGUUCCUUCCAGUUUUCUUGCUGCCUGCUCUCUCCUUUCGCAGGGAGAAACAAGAGCAGCGGCCCGGUGCUGGGGGAGCGUGGAGGCCGAGAGGGAGCGAGCCAGCGGGGGCCCAGGCAGCCCAGUGCCAGCAGGCUGCCCAAGGGGGGCGGCGCCGGGAAGAGCCCCACUCGGAGCAGCAGCUGAGGGGCCACCAGGAACGCCAGAGCAGGAACAGGAGCUGAGUGGCAGCACGUGCGGGGCAGCUCUGGGCAGGAGGGGGGCCUCGGCCAGGCGUUUCCUCCCACCCAUAAUAAACCAUGUUUUGAAAUCGA